AUGGAAAUUUUUACAAAAGUUCUCACAACCGCUGACGUUGAGAGAAGAUUAUCAUCUCCAGAUAUCUGCGAACCUGCUUUACCUCGGUCCCAAGGGUGCCAUGUAAUGGUGUUGCAGGUUCAGGAUGAUACUGGAAACUUGUGGAACUUUGGUUACGAAAUACAACCUGGGGUUCGCCCAAAACUGGUUCUUGUUUCCGGUUGGAUCCAAUUUAUCCGAAGUAAGGGUCUCCGUAAUGGUGAUAUUGUCAUUCUUUACAAGGAGGAAGGGGCACACUACAAAAUUCGAGUGGAGAGGAGUGAUAGUGAGAAGAGAAUUUCUGAAUCUUACAUUGCUGAGAACCAUUACGGUUCAGGGGUUUAG